UUUCCAUUUGUCCUUCGAAGGCCGUCUUGUUUAAACGAGGCUUGUUUGAAGGAGGACACUCGGUAUACUGCAGCCUUCAAAGGACGAGUACUAGCUAGCAUGCAGCCUUCCAAACGAGACACAGCUUCAGUGAUACUGUCAGUGCUCGGGAAUGGAGUGGUUUUGGUGAUCUCUUAUCGCCGCAGGAAGAAGAUCGUUGGUUCGGAGCUGCUCUGUGUCAAUUUGGCAUUGGUUGACUUUCUUUGCUGUAUCUUCUUUUACCCCUUGUCAAUCAUAUCAUCCUUUAGCCACACAUGGCUGGGACAUCAUGCCACCUGUGUGUAUUAUGGUCUAGGCUGCUUCAUCUUUGGCCUGUGUGGCAUGUUCACCAUAGCUGCCAUAAGUGUCAUCCGCUACAUCAAGACAUGCUAUGCUGUGUGGCUAGAAGGAUCCAACAUCCAUCUGGUGUGUGCAUUCACAUGGCUAAUUGCUGCUGUUUGGUCAUCCUUUCCACUGUUCGGCUGGGGCGAGUACAUUCCUGAACCAUAUGGCAUCUCUUGCACAGUGGCUUGGCGUCGUUACCAUACAUCCAUGACGGACGCCGUUUAUGUGAUCUGUUCAUUUGCCUGCUUCGUCGUUGUUCCAGUUCUGCUCAUCGUGGCAUCACAAUGCAAAAUCCUGUUGAAGAUCUACUGCUUUUCCCGUGCCCUCUCCACUAAGGACAUCCACAGCAACCUCCGCCGAGCAGAAAAACACCUGUCUGUGAUGUUUUUCUGCAUAAGCUUGGGCUUUAUCCUUGCUUGGGCUCCCUACACAAUCGUUUCCUUCCUGUUUAUCUUCCAUAAAGACGCUAGGUACAUGGCACCAGAAGGCUUCGUCUUUCCUGCGCUCUUUGCCAAAAGCUCCCAUAUCUACAACCCUUUCAUUUACUUUUACUUCAACAAAGCUUUCAGACGGGAGCUACAAAGCCUCUUGUUCUCUGUCUGCCCAAGACUGGCCCAUAACAGUGUUGGAGUCUACACAGGCAAAGAUGUUCAUCCCAUCCAGAUCCAACUACAGGAGCAUGUUGUAGGCCGUGGUGGUAGAGGCUCUAACCACCUUCAGGACAAGAGUGAUAAAAGACCAGGUCUAUAUGGUCACAUGGUCUGCUGGGUCUCCAAGAUACGAGUGACCCCAACCAAUGGUGAGCAGAUGGCUGAUCAUCAGUUCUUACCUACCUCAACUGAAGAAUUACCCAGCUAAGUUGGGAAGCUAUUUUAAUUACAAUGUUUUCCAUAUCUGUACCUCUGCGAAGUAGCUGAACAAAGCUUAUCUUCAUCCGUUAUGAUUCUACAUGGCGUUUUUGUUCUCAAAUAAUAAGAUAUUGACUCACAGUUACUUGCUGAAUGGAGAACAUGAAUUGACUUGCUUUAAACAUAUUACAUUGCAAUGCGUUUGUACACUGAUGUCUAUUAUUGUCUAUACUUUGCCUUGAGAAUUUGAGUUCUCUUAAAGGCUUUCAGGUUUAAGAUUUCAAAGCCUUGACCAAAAAACUUAAUGGAAUAUUCCGGGUUCAAUACAAGCUAAAUGCAUUUGACAGCAAUUGUGGCAUAAUGUUGAUUACCACAAAUAAGAAUUUCAACUCGUCCCUCCUUCGCUUUAAAAAUAAAUAAAUAAAUCAAAUAAAAUAGAGGAUUGAAACACUUACAAUGGAAGUGAAUGGGGGCCAAUUUUUGGAGGGUUUAAAUGCAGAAAUCUGAGGCUUAUAAUUUUAUAAAAGCACUCGCAUUAAUUCUUCUGUUAAAACUUGUAUAUUAUUUGUGCUGUAAGUUGUUGAAUUCGUAGUUUUUACGGUCGUUUUAGGGUUUUGUGGUUUAUGCUUUACGUCGUCAUGGCAACUAAGUUGGAAAAUUGCCUAUAACUUUACACAGAAAAGGUUAGUAAGUGAUUUUAUCACACUAAAAUCAUGUUUACAUGCAUAUUGUUUAUGUCUUGUGGAUAUACUUUUGAAAAAGUGAGUACUAGAAAAACAUUCAAAAAUGGGCCCCCUUUCACUUCCAUUGUAAGUGCCUCAACUGAACCUCGAUUUUUGCUUUUUUUAAAGAAAAGGAGGGGCAACUAAAUUGUUUUUUUUUUUGUGGUUAUCAACAUUAUGCCACAAAAAUGCUGUUGAUUGCGCUUAAUUUGUAUUGACCAUGAAUAUUCUUUUAAUGAAUGCCAAAAGUGAGCUAGAAAAGUCUGACCCUCCCAUAUGUCACAUGCUCUGUGUUAGCUGUGUGUAUGUUUUUUUGAACAAAAUUAAUGUGAUGUACAUACAGUUGAGGUCUAGAGGUUCAGGAAAUCCAUUUUUAAAUGUCAUAUUUGUGUC